UGAUCUGCGCAGAACAGGAGAACGUGAGGAAGAUUAUGUUGGCGGCAGAAGCGCUAGAUAUGGUUGGCGGGGACUAUGCCUUCUUCAAUAUGGAGAUCUUCAACGGGACGGCAGCGAGCUACAACUCGUGGUACAACGCCAGCGACACCGAGAAGAAUAACGAACGUGCAAAGAAGGCUUACGAUGCUGUCCUCACCGUUACGACUCGUGCACCGACAGGGGAUCCGUACCGUAAUUUCUCUAAUGAGGUCAAGGAUAUGGCUCUCGAAAAGUUUGACUUCGAGUACGAAGAAACGGUUAACCCUUUCGUGUCCAGUUUUUUCGACGCCGUCCUCAUCUACGCUGCCGCCCUGAACGAGACACUCCGGCUUAACGGCAGCAUAACCGACGGGGAAGAUAUCGUCAACAACAUCAGGAACAAGACGUUUGACUUUAACAAGCUCCUCCCUUGGGAACACGAGAACAUCACCAUCGACGCCGUGGGGGACCGGAAAGCGGAUUACUCCCUCAUGGACAUGAAUCCUGAGACCGGAGUAUUUGAGCGUCCACGUGCCGAGCUCACCGUCAAUAUGUUAGAGGAAGAGGUAUUUUGGUCAGGUCAUCUUUGUGCUUUUGAAGCUCUCUCGCUCUCGCAUCGCGUGUGGAUAUGGCUUCGGCACCUCUUUUUAUAUUUGGAGGAAGGACCAGUGGUUCAUGUGGCAUCAGAGUACCAAUUGGCAGCGAGGGAAUUUGUGGUAUUUUCUACGGAGACCUGCACACGCUGUAGCUUUGGAGGUUUGGCUCAGUUCCUUUGGCUUGGUUUAACUAUCAUGGAGGCCGUCGCCACCUACUAUGGAGAGAAGGAGACGGUCACAUUCACCAAGGAUAUUCACUGGCCCGGUGGAAAACCUCCUCGUGAUGAACCGGAGUGCGGUUUUGACGGCUCGAGGUGUCCGGAUACAACAGACUCCAUGACGUGGAACAUCGUGACAGGUGUGCUAGCUGUCUUGGUUGUAUUCAUGGCCAUCAUCAGUUUCUUCAUAUAUAGGCACUUUAAACUUGAAGCGGAUUUGGCCUCUAUGACGUGGUGGAUCUCCUGGGACUAUGUGGAGAUGACAGAUGAUGUAAAGUGUUGCAAAUUUGGAUCCAGAGUGUCCAUCGGCAAAUAUAGCCAUUCUAGUAACAUGUCUGUGGAUUCUCUUGUGGGCAACCGACAAGUCUUCAUUCGCACAGGACGCUUCAAGGGUGUCACAGUCGCCAUCAAGAGGAUAAACAAAGACAGGGUUGAGCUAACACGGCCUCUUCUUAUCCAGCUCAAAAGGAUGAAGGACCUGCAGUCGACACUCGUGCGCUUCAUCGGGGUGUGUGUGGACCCGAAGCCCUACUGCGCCAUCUUCAGCGAGUACUGUCCCAAGGGCUCGCUGCAGGACAUCUUGGAGAACGAUGACGUCAAGCUCGAUUCUAUGUUCAAGAUCUCGCUCAUGCACGAUCUUGUUAAGGUACGUGGGCAUGGCGUUCCUCACUCCAGCGAGAUCCGCACACACGGCAACCUCAAGUCAAGCAACUGUGUCGUGGACUCCCGCUUCGUCCUCAAGAUCACGGACUUCGGCCUCAGUCUGCUCAUUGAUAACGAGAAGAACUACAACCCGGAUAGAUACGCCUUCUGGAGACUUGUUGUAGUUAGAGUGCAUAGACUUCGGCUCAACCUCCUAUCUGAUAACAACAAGAACUACAACCUCGAUAGACACGGUUUCUGGAGACGGAGGCUCUGGACGGCCCCCGAGCUCCUGCGCAACCCGUUCCCGCCCAACGGCACGCAGAAGGGGGACGUGUAUUCCUUCGCCAUCAUCGCCCACGAGAUCAUAUACCGGCAGGGGGCUUUCUGGAUCAAGAACGAGGACCUCUCCCCACAGCGUGGGAGGCGGCGAGGAGGUGGGUUGUGGGUUUGGUGGGUGGUGGGUUGGGCCGGCGCGGUGGGCGUAGCGGGCGGGCCGAGGGUGGCGGAGGCGCAGCAGAAGGGGAACCUCGGCUGGGGCUCCUCGGCGGCAGUGUGGCAGGAGGCGCUGGCGGAGCACAACGCCCUCUCGACGGAGCGGAGUCCCGAUAAAGAGAUAACUGACGCCAAUUAUUUCACCUUCGACGUUAACAAGACCACUGACAUAUUGAUCACGUGGGGCUUGGAGACGUGUCAGGGGCGUCAGGGAAGAGUGACCAAGCACAUCCCUUUUCCUUUUCCGUUCUGGCGAUCUGCUCGGAGCCUCCCAGUAGGAUUGGCCGCCGCUUUUGAUCAACGUCGCUGUGGAGUUUAUCGACGGAGAUCCACGCCACGUUCGAGGCGGUUGGGCCGCUCUAGACCCGGCCUCAGCCCUUGGCGGCGCCGCCUGCCUUGCCAGUCGGCGGCCCGGUUAAGGGGCGCUGGUUGCCCGGUGGGCUUGAGGGCCUCGAAGGAGGCGCCGCGCUCAACCUCGUGCCCCUGCGCAGAGGCAGGAGCUACCUCUCGCCGCCCCUCGAGUGCAACGCCUCCCGGCGGCCCCCCAGCGCUUCCGCCCCACUCUCGUCAUCGGACUGCCGCUCUGGCCGGAUACGUGUGCGAAGGGCGGAUCUCCCCCGUCCAGCGGAGGGAUCUCCCCCAUCAGGAGCCCCAACAGGCGCUCCCCGACCCUAAUCCUCUCCCCACGAGGCUCCCCGGGCAAGAUCGUCGAGAACGUGAAAAACAGAUCGUCGAGAACGUGAAGAACGGAGGCUUCCCCGUCUUCCGCCCAACCAUCGAGGACGACACAGCUGAAGAGGAACUGCUGCAGAUGAUCAAGAGGUGCUGGGCCGAGGAGCCGAUGGAGAGGCCAGACUUCCAGCAGCUGAAGACUAUUAUAAGGAGGCUCAAUAAAGACAAUGAAUCGGGAAAUAUCUUGGACAACCUCCUGUCUCGCAUGGAACAGUACGCCAACAACUUGGAGGUCUUGGUCCAGGAGCGAACAGCAGACUAUUUCGAAGAGAAGCGCAAAUGCGAGGAACUUUUGUACCAACUCCUGCCGAAAUCUGUGGCCAGUCAGCUGAUCGAAGGCAAGAGCGUCAUGGCAGAAACCUAUGACUGUGUCACGAUUUACUUCAGUGACAUCGUCGGAUUCACAGCGCUCUCGGCCCAGUCCACGCCGCUGCAGGUCGUGGAUCUUCUUAAUGAUUUGUACACGCGUUUUGAUGCCAUCAUUGAGAACUUUGACGUGUAUAAGGUCGAGACCAUCGGCGACGCCUACAUGGUCGUGUCCGGCCUGCCCGUUCGGAAUGGCACCCUCCACGCCCGCGAGAUCGCCAACAUGUCCCUGGCACUGCUCCGGGAGGUGGAGACCUUCACCAUCCGACACAGGCCCGACGACAAGCUGAAGCUGCGGAUUGGGAUGCAUACGGGUCCUUGUGUGGCCGGGGUGGUGGGGCUGAAGAUGCCUCGCUACUGCCUCUUCGGGGACACCGUCAACACCGCUUCAAGGAUGGAGAGUAAUGGACUGCCUCUCAAGAUUCACGUAUCGGUCAUACACAAAGGUUCUGGUACAAGCAUUAUCUUACUUCAACUUGAGUGUCGUGGUGAAGUAGAGAAUGAAGGUUAUUGA